CCAAGCGGUUUUUAAAUAGGCGUGAAAAUAAAAAUCUAAUUUGUGACCCAUUAACAAACGAAUUAAAGCCACAGAAUGAGUCUCAAACUGCUGGCGAUCGUUAGUGCUCUGCUGCUGGUGGCAUUGUCCUGGAGCCAAGUCCUGGGCGCGGCGACCACAGUGCGUCCCUACAAGUUCGGCUUCACCAUCGACGAGCAGAUGCAUCGACAGGAAAAGAGGGAUGAACGCGGCAUUGUUAUGGGCGAGUUUGGGUUCAUCACAGCCGAUGGAAUCUACCAUGUGACGGUCUAUGCCACCGACGAGGAGGGCAAGUUCCGGAUAAUCUCGAUGAAGAGUUACCCAUACAAUGGACCCAUUGGGGCGAAGAGCCUCCCUGCUGUCACAACCCCUAGGGUCCAGCCUGCUUCUGCUCCUGCCCCACCACGCCAUGUAUUCAACACGGAGGCCUGCUCGGGCUGCUUCCUCAAGAAGAACCCCGUCAAGACAGAGAUUCGCACUUUGUCACAGCCUUUAGCUCCAGGUAAGCUUGCGGAUCAGGGCCUCAAUGUCCAGUUGCCUUUCCGCGAUUCCAUUGCCCAGACAGUGGCCACACAACUCGGUUUGGGACAGGUCACACAACACUCCACGCACACUUACACCAAUCCCAGUGCCAAGAUCCCCGCAAGGGACAUCGAGACGGGCCUGAAGCUGGCCAUGAGCACCUUCUACGACUCCAGGGCCGCCGUCACCGGACACGUGAGCACUCAGACCCAGAAAUCGGGUGAUGCCAGCAGCACAAAGGUGGACUACAAUGUGGGCAUAACCCGCAAGGAGGGUCCUGUGGUCUAUGCACCUCUUAACACCAGGCUAAGUGAGGAUGCCAUUCGAUCGGCCAGCAGUUAUUCGGGUCAGGUAACAGCUCCUCUGCCCCUGGGCCAGCAGGCUCUGGUGGCCCCCUCCAGCGGUCAAGCGGUGCCACUUUCCAGCAGCUCCCGUCCAGGUGUUAAUAUUGGCCACGCCCUGCGAGGGGGAGUGGCGUCCGCCAAGAAGGUCGCCGAUUCAGCAACCACAACGGGCAUUUCUGGAGUGUCAGCACAUACACCAACCGGAACAGCACCCUCUGGAGGUGGAGCUGGCACUGGAGCUGUAGGCAGUUUCCCGCUUGGCAAGUCACCUGCUGGAGGCGCUUCCGGCAAGCCCCAGUUGGGUUCAGCGGGUAAGGGAGGUGUUUCCGGUGGAGUAGGAGCCUCUGGAGGAUUUGGUGCCUCGGGAGGAGCUGGAGCCUCUGGAGGAGCUGGAGCCUCCGGAGGAUUUGGAGCCUCUGGAGGAGCUGGUGCUGGUGGAGCUGGAGCUGGUGGACCUGGAGGAUCGGGUAAAACUGGCGGCUCAGGUGGAUCCGGCAAAUCAGGCUCUGGUUUUGGAGGAGGCACUGGCACCGGCACCAUUUCCCGCGGCGACACCGGCGACCUGUACAAGUUCAAGUACGUGCUGGACUACAAUGGGCACGAGGAGACCGGCAGCCGGAAUGGCGACAAGCAGGGCAGCUACUUUGCCAUCGGCGAGGAUGCCGUCGAGCGAACCAUCGAGUACAUAGCCAAUGAGUACGGUUUCCAGCCGCACAUCAGCUGGAAGAAGCUGGACGGAAAGGCCUCGCUCCCCGAGGAGAACUCGCUGAAGCACUACGAGUUCAAGUGGUUUAAUUAGGCGAAUUUCUAUAAAAAUCUUUCCCCCCUUCGAUGUACAUAAAA